GGCUAUGUUCAUAUCAGUCAAUUACUGUCAAAAGACGACGCUAGUCGCGCGCGCGCGCCGAUCGACGUGGAAAUCCCACAUUUACCAUUGUGUCACUCGAGUCAAGUUAACAACAUAGUAAACUAAAAAACAUCUGAUACCUUAGCAUGUAAAUACUUUCCACUGGCCUUAGUAUAAGGUACCUACUUAUCUUGUUGUAGUUUGGUGUUCACAUAGAGUCAGUGUUUGCGAUGCCAGAUUCUGAAAACAAAGGAGACUUUAACUUGGUGCAAUCAAACAAUGCUGUGGACAGGGCUGACUGUGCUCCUGCAGUGUUUCCUGCCGAAGUGUUCAGCCAAUGCCCUCGCGUGGAGCAGCUCACGGUGACCAAGUCCUCGAGAGUGCAAGUGGGACCCAAGUUCAUCUCAGUAACGCAACACAUCACUAACAAUGAAGUUGUUAAAGUGUUUGGUGUUGCAGGCCGUAUUCUCGGCCUGGACCUGGAGUCGUCGCGGGCGCCUCGCCGGUGCCGCGCCAGCGUGGCCGUGUUCACCUGCUGGACCCUCCUGGUCGCCUGCUGUCUCAGCGGCCUGUUGAUGUACUUCAUCACGCCGAGCAUCAAACGCCUUGAUAUUGGUUUGAAUGUCUUCUGGUACCUUCGGCGAGGAGACUGGCAGGCGAUGCAGCCGUACACGAUGACCCACUUGAACAUUCCUGUGCGACUGGUCGUGUUCGGCCACUCCGCCGAGACCAAGUGCACGUACAAGCGCCAGUGCAUCGAACACGUGUUGAACAUACAGCAACAACAUCUAAGAAGAGACUUUCUAGACAUAGGACCCAACUUCCUGGUUGGGGGGUCAGGACUCGUGUUUGAAGGCCGAGGAGCCAAUAUUGUUGGUGCCAUGGUCGGAUGUUGCAACAGCAGGAUUAUCAGUAUAAUGUUCAUAGGAGAUUAUAAUAUUGAUGAGCUGGAUGAACAGCAAAUUGAAAAUGUUAAAACUCUAUUGGAUACUUUAACGAAAGUAGGGGUUUUGGUUCAGGAUUACGAAAUAAUGGGUAUGUGCCAACUUCAGGGUCAGACAUCACCGCCUGGUCCCAAUAUAAUGAAAAUGAUGCACAGAUUCCCCCACUGGAACCCUAUGAAUGCAUCAGGUUGUAUAGCAUCUUGAAACCUUCACGGAUAAAAUAAAACUAUGUGAUUGUAAAGUAAUUGCUACAUUAUUGUUGAGCUAUCUCAAUUAUUAUAUGAAUGAAAAGAAAGACAAAUAGAAGAAUAGAACUAGGUGCAGUCAUCUAAAGACCACCCUAAACAUAAAUAGAAUAUUGGAAAGAGUUAUAAAGAGUAAAAUAUUCGAUUCAAAUUGUCUCGAUUGAUUCUAAGUAUUACAUAUACUUACAUUAAAAUAGACAUGGGCAUUGACUUAUUAUAAUACUGACAUGGGAUAUUUUUACUACAUAAUAUUAUGUAGGU